CCAUUUGCGAUCACUUAUUGUUGGAAGUGGGAGAGAAGACUUGUGGAUUAACAAUUUAACAUGGCUCUCCAAGUCCAGUGCCCUCCUCCUAAUUGCGUUUUGACAUUUAGGGGAAAUAAUAGAGCCCAAAAAUUAGGAGUGAGCUUGAGGGUUUGUUGAUUGAAGAACCAAUUCAACUUCAUAUUUAACCAAAUCAUUACGCGAGUUGAAUCGGAAUACCAGUAAUGGUAGCACAAUUACUGUGUUAUGUAGUUUCUUCUCUAUAUAAGAUCACCCGAAUCAAAACUAAUUCGCACUUAUGAGGCAAGCAUUUUACAUUCGUCCCAUGCAACCACAUGUUUAGAGUUUAAUCGAAUGUAAAAAUGCUCACCUCAUAUUUAGAUUGCAUGUUCACACGAGUAUCUUUCGCAUGAUCGUAGUUUUUUUAUUUAUAAAUAUCUAAUAGUUGUCGAAGUCAAACCCAAAUUUCGGUUCUUUUGAUCCUUUCUGAACCGCGAAAAAGACAUCUUCUUAUUAAGAAAAUUCAUACGCAUGAUAUCGAUACGCGUGAAACGACGAAACAAACGCAGAGGAAGAUAAAAAAGAAAAUCAGUCUAGUAUCAUUGAAAAGUUAUAGUUUGGUAUAUGGUGAAUGUAUGGGAGCAUGCAUCUAGCUAAGUUAAAAGAUGCUUUUUUUGAUAAUGACCAUACCCCAUAGGGCACAUAAAAGAGGAUUAGGAUAUAGUUGAGAUUAGCCAAACAUGCCUUGGGAAAAAAAGCUAGGAAAAGAUGAUGAUUAGGGUUUUGAUUUUAUAUAUUUGCAUUUGAGGGGUGAUAAUGCCAAGAGUACCUUUUUUGGAGGGCCUUAGGUUAAGUGGCAUCCACUUUGGGCUUCACGGGCCCAUCUUUUCGUUGGUGGGUCGGGCGGGCCCACUUACAUCCCCCCAGAUUCUCUCCCUUUUCUCUUUUCCUCUCUCAAUUCUUGUUGUACGAGGGUGUUACUAACUACAAGACGGCACCCACAUUUUUCUUUUUGUCAUAAAGCAGGCUCAAAGUUUGAAAUGCCUUUCAACAAAGGACACCAUUAGAGCUUGUCGGAGGACACCUCUCCUCAAUGUGCCAAAGUCACGCGUGUGUGAUAUAAUGAUUCUUUUAACCACAAUCCAUAAUGCUCUAAAAAAAGUAGUUUAGAUGAAUUAAAGUAUUGAUUAAGUAGUGUAUCUUGAAGAAUUAAGUAAAUCCGAUCGUGCUCUGCGAGCGCUUGAUUCGUACUCCUGCUUGUGGUAAGCAGGGAGUAGUCGGAUCGAGGUAGUCAAUCGAUCGGAAUGGGGGAGGAGCUGCAGUGGGAUAUUUUUUGUUCUUGGUCGUGUAAAAUAGACGAACGAGUACCGACGAUAUAAGUGAUCGAGGCCGGUUUAGAGGAUUUUUCUGGGCUGCAUGCCAUACUCGAACACCAGGCAUGCCCAGAGAUAGGAGGGAAGUGGUCAUCCGACUGUUUCUGAGUAUCUCCGCCUAUUGUCUAGUUUUUUUUUCUCUCCCUUACUUGUUUCGAUAUAGUAGCAGAGAUAGAUUUUUUUCCCCCCUUCAUUCGUGGAAUUUGGAAGAAAGUCGUUAACUAGAAUUGUGUGAAUUCGUUAAGCUUCAGAUAGUUAGAAGAGUAAGUCAGUUGAAUCUCGAAAUUUGAGAAUGUGUGUUAGUCUGUGAUGGAUAAUUAUUUUAAUUCUACGAUAAACUAACAAGAAAAACUAGUAAAAUUUAGGUUUAUUCUGCGCGUGAUACGUCUCAAAGACAUACUCGACUAAUGGCAAUAAAAAGAAAUCCUUUGUUCAUACCGGCCGUAACCUUUUUCACUCAGACCGCCGCCUCCCGGCCAACCUCGCCGGCGGAUGAAUAGUAUUUCUUAAUCUUUUUCCCUGUCCAAAGUCCAAACAUUCCUUCACUUUCUACGGCGACAAACGCCACCCACUACAUUUCUUUUUGUAAUUGUAAAUUGUAAUUAGCAUCUCUCUCUCCUGCCUCUUUUUCAUAUCGAUUUUCUCAGCAUCCAAACAAACACAACGGCCAAAAGAAAUCUGAAAUCUCGCAGUUCGGUUGCUUUCUCUCUGUUUCUUCUUUUAAAUUUGUUUUUUCUUUUUGAACUUUUGCUGUCUUCCCGUUUCCAGAGCGCUUCAAAGUUCGAGUUUUUUUUUUUUUUGGUGGCAAACGUCUGUCGGGGAACGGCCACCGCCGCGUUCCGUCGCUGUCUGGGAAAGUGAUGAUACGUCGCCGUUUCGUACUGUGCCCGCCGGCGCCGGGCAUGGCGGGGAAACGGGCAGCAAGUUUUUUUUCCGGGGAAAGGGGGCUGGUGGUUGAGAUUCGUUGGUAUUUGAUAUUUGGUUCUAUAUAAGCAAUGAUAAUAUACGUGGAGGCGACGGUUAUCUCAAUAUUUAUAUUUGUUUUGAUAUGCGGUCAUGAUUUGUGUAGUCAAGUUAUGUAAUUUGGUUAGGAGCAUGGGUUAGGACAUAUACCUAGAUUCGUUUAGUACAACGUUGAAGACAAAAAAAAAAGAUAAUGUAGAUGAUUAUACACAAGUUUCGAACCAAUUGAUCGAGAGGUCAACGUGACCGAUAGAGAGGCACGUAUAAUCAAAGAAGUAAACUGCUAAAGGAUCACGGUUAAAUUUCAAAAAGAGCAAGAAAAUCUAGUAAGGUUGAAUUAGGGGAGAGGCAUGAGCCUUAAGGGAUGGUCCCUCGAGGCCGGAGGGUGGCUGCCUACCGUGACGAAAGUUACCGCGGCAGGCACCCUCUGACAACAACGACACAAGAAAGACAUAAAAGAUGUUAGGUGCCCGACCAAAGCAUUAAUGGUCUCGGAGGCGCGUCUGAGUAUCCGACUCAUAUACAUAUCCAAAAAGUUGUAUAAAUAAAAGUUCUCAUUCCAUAAAUGAGUCAAAACGGUAUACACAUAAAUUACUAUUUCUCUAUUUUCUUUCCCUGAAUCUUCAUAUGCCUUCGUUUUUCCCUUUAUUCAAAACCCUCUUAAAACUCGUAUAGCACCACUUAGCAAUAGCAAGAUGUCCGACCUCUCAAAUAUCUAGACCGUUGGACUCAAACCAAAACCAUAUUGGCUUGUACUAUUCUAAACCAUAUUACUCGGCAAACCCUAGGUCUUAAUCAAGAUGCUAAUCAAGGCAUUUAGCCAAAAACUCAGCCAACCGUGGUGUGAAUCGAGUCGGAGAGCAAAUCCAGGAUGUGUUUGUUUGGUCAUUUUCCAAAGUUUCAGAAACCCAGAAUUCAAGUGUGAGGAAGAUGAGAAAAAACAAAAUCGACAGUUUCCAUAAAUUUUUUUUUUAAAAGGAGAAAUUGGAAGAGGAAACCAAACAUCCCUGUAAAGUAAUAAUGGUUUCACCUUUAUUUAUUCACUUCCUUAUUGCUGGCUACCAGAGAGGAAACAGUACUCCAUUGCCUUCCUCCCUCUUUCUCUGCUCUGCUCUGCUCUGCAUAAUAUAACCAACCAAACAACAAAUCUCCCCUCUCUCUCUCCCACUCCCUUCUUCUCCACACUCUCGACGUGAAUUCCCACUCUCACAGUGAGAAAGCUCUCUUACCCCUUUUCAUGUCUGUGCCCUUGGAGCAUGAUUACAUAGGCGAUUCUUCAAUGGAGAAAACAGGGGAUGUUAGUAUUAUCACACCGCAACAAAAGAGCACCACCAAACUCGUCUCUUCUCUCAGCAUGAACCUGAAAGCCACAGAGCUGAGGCUCGGGUUACCCGGUUCCGAGUCGCCGGAGCGAGGCGACGGCAGCAGCGCUGAACUCUGCAUCGGCUUGCCCAGCAGCAAGUCCUCUGUUUCCAGACCCAAGAGAGGGUUCUCCGUCGCCAUCCACGGCGGCUCCGGCAACUGGGUUUUCUCCCCCGGCGCCGGUGGACCGGAUAACAAUUUCUCCUCCCCCAGAAACAACCCCGUCGCAGCGAAUUCCGAGCAGGGGCAGGCUCCCAAAGACAGCGGCCUGCCUCCUCAGUCGUCGCCGGCGACGGAGAAGAAGAAGGCUCAGGCUGCCGGUUCCGGCGCCGGUCCAGCUUCUAAGGCACAAGUGGUGGGAUGGCCGCCAAUUCGUUCGUUUCGAAAGAACACCAUGGCUUCCCAUCCUACUCCGAAGAACAGCGACGUGGUGGAAGGAGGCGACCACAACCCUAACUCAGGGGGAUCGGCAUCGUCGACAUCAGUUUGUUUGUAUGUCAAAGUCAGCAUGGACGGAGCGCCAUAUCUCAGGAAAGUUGACCUCAAGACUUAUGGCGGCUACAAGGACCUGUCACUUGCUCUCGAGAACAUGUUCAGCUGCUUCACUAUUGGUCAAUGCGGGUCUCAUGGCGUUUCUGGGAGAGAUGGAGUGAGCGAGAGUCGACUGGUGGAUAUUCUGCAUGGUUCUGAGUAUGUACUCACCUACGAAGAUAAAGAUGGUGACUGGAUGCUUGUUGGUGAUGUCCCUUGGAAGAUGUUCAUCGACUCUUGCAGAAGGCUGAGGAUCAUGAAGAGCUCGGAGGCCAUUGGUCUCGCACCAAGGGCGUUUGAGAAGUGCAAAAGCAGUAACUAGCAUGAUCAUAACUGCUGGAUCCAAACUGAAUGCAACCCAUAUGAAUACUCUGCUGCCUGCUUUGGAUCUGGGAAAAGCUUCUUCCUUUUUUUUUGGUUCAUGGAUCCAAACAGAAUGAGGAUCCACCCCCCACUUUUUGUCCUUACUUUGGCAUAUAUAUUAUUAAUAUUGUUCUAUAGUGUUUGCAUUAGAUUAAAAAAACUGUUAAGUUUGCUUGGGCUUCAGAUGUAUUGUUAUUAUUAUUUGUGCUGAUCUUCCUGGAUAUCAUCAUGAGUGUCCCCCCUUCCUUCCCUGCCUGCAAUUAUUAUUUGUGUGUAAAAUUUGUUUCUUUGCUGCAGCUUACUCUUUUCCUUUUGUUUUCUGGGCUUUUCUUUUCCUUUUCUUUUCCUUUCCCCCCCCCCCCCCCCCCCCCCCCCCCCCAAUUUUCUGCCUUUUGUCCCUCUCUAGCUCACUGUGCCCUCUGAAAAGAAGCAAAGGAAGUGAGAGGUAGGGAGGAAAGAUGAUGGUGGUUGGGGGGACAAAUUCAAUUGCAAACCCAAGCCCACCAAUGGGGUGUAGUCUAGUCUAAGUCUAGUGCAGUCUAAAACAGGAGAGAGUGUGUUGAUGGAUUGAUUUGAUAGGCGGCUGCUGCUGCUAAAUAAUCUUUUUCAUCAGGGGUAUCUGCAAUGUGCUGCAGAAUUCUUUCUUUUCUUCUUCUUCAGGAACCAAUGAAACUGAGGCAGCCCAGGGUGCUGCUGUUUGUCUCAAUCUGGAUGGAUGGUGAAUGAAAAGGGUUGUUAGCUGUGACUUGAGUGAAUGUGGAAGUGAAAUUUCAUUGUCUGGUGGAUUCAUGAAUGAUCUUGGUGUAAGGGGGGGGGGGGGGGGAGUUGAUGUGAUGUGAAUGAAUUGAGUCUUUUAUGGGGCUGUAAAUAAGUUAAAGAUUAGGUUUUUGGCUCAUUGUUCACAGCUCACAGGGGGAGAAGUAGUAAGAAAACAAAACUGGGGAGCAGGUUUUCUGGGGGACCUGUUCUUGUGGCUCGUGUUUGUAGUUUCAGUAUUUGUCGUUUUGGUAUGGUGGAGGUCUUUCAAUGGCGUGAGUAGUAAGAAGCACUAAUCAGCAGGGAGAAGAUGGAGAUGAAGGGAUAAACACAAUUUCAUGUCAUCCUCUCACUUGUGAUUGACACAAAACAUUUAGGGGCCGUUGGAAGAAUAUGAAUUUAAAUCUAUAGAUUGUCAACAAUCUAAAGAUUUUAAUUAUUCGGAUUGUUGAACAUAUAUUUUAAAAUGUUUAUUGUUUGGUAACUGUAAUUGUUAACAUUCAAUGAAAAUAGAAAUAAAAAUUUUAUAUUAAAUAAUAUGUUUAUCCUUAAUAAUAAAAAAUCUCACGAAUCAAGAUAUAGAAUCUCUCUGAUUAUGUGAGAUUUGAUAUCCGUAGAUUUUAGAGAUUUGAAAUCUCUAAAACUAAAAUCCACAAUACAAAAAGCAACAAAAACACAUAACUUUCUACAAUAUCUAGGGAUUUUAAUGAAUCCAUGUCCUAAAUCCCGUUCUCCAAACGACCCCUCACAUAUUUCUUAAACUUUAAAUUUACAAAUUUAGGGUUUAGGGUUUAUGACAUCCCUAGAGGCCGACGUGCGUGACAAUCAUACUGGAGCCAUAUGCGAGGAAGUCUUGAGUCGGUUAGCGAUCCAUACUAGGUUCCAUGUAUGAUUUGUAGGUCGGAGUUACAAUAGGGUAGUCCAUUUGAUGGCUAGAAAUGUCAUUUCUUGAAAUGACUCAUAUGAUUGAUUCAUAUGACUCAUAUUUCUUGAGUCGGUUAGCGAUCCAUACUAGGUUCCAUGUAUGAUUUUUGUCAAAUGCUAUCUUAAUUCGAUCCGGUUCUAGACACCCAAUCGACCAAUUCCCAUCCUAGGGAGGAGGAAUAUCCUUGUUUUCUUGAAUGACUCAUAUGAUUGAUUGAUCAUAGAGUUAUUUGAGGAAGUUACUAAUUACAUUUUUAUCCGGAUAAAAGAAGGGGGAAAAGGAGUGAGGCAAAAGGAAGGGUUAUUUGAAGAGUGUAAUUUGCAAGCAUCAAAAUUCUUUUAAGGUGCCAUUUAAAAAAAAAAAGACUUUUAAGGUGGUAUAUUAUAUUGUAGCUUGAAUUUUCAUUGAGUUUUUGUUGGGCCAAUUUAUUUUCGGAUGAUAUUUUCGUAAUUUCUUGGGCGACAAAAGGUCAUUUUCUUUGGAUAUUGAAGGCUACAAAUCACGGAUUCGGCCUAAGGCUAUUCUCCAACGAUGAUUGAGUCCAUUAAGCACCGAUUUGAUAGGAUUUAUCAGGGUCAAUUUUUGGCAGAUUCCAAAGGGGUACCAUCACAGAUUUCGGGCGAUUUAUCCGAAAUGCCAUUUUCUUUCGAUUCUGGAGGCAACAGAUCACGGAAUUAGGCCGAGGCUAUUCUCCACCGAUAAUGAAGUCUAUUGAUCCUAUUAUCCAAGGAUGAUAAGCCCGUUAAGCAUAGAUUUGGACCAAUUAAUUUUCAGAUGGCAUUUUCGUAAUGUCUUGGGUGACGAAAGGCCAUUUUCUUUGGAUAUUGAAGACUACAGAUCACGGAUUCGGCCUGAGCCUAUUCUCCAACGAUGAUUAAGUCCAUUAAGCACCGAUUUGGGCGGAUUUAUUCCAGGUCAAUUUUUGGCAGAUUCCAAAGCGGUACCAUUAUAGAUUUCGUGCGAUUUAUCCGAAAUGCCAUUUUCUUACGAUUCUGGAGGCUACAUAUCACGGAAUCAAGCCGAGGCUAUUCUCCACCGAUAAUGAAAUCUAUUGAUCCUAUUCUCCACGGAUGAUAAGCCCGUUAAGCAUCGAUUUGUGACAAUUUAUUUUCGGAUUGCAUUUUCGUAAUUUCUUGGGCGACGAAAGGCCAUUUUCUUUGGAUAUUGAAGGCUAUAGAUCACGGAUUCGGCCUGAGGCUAUUCUCCAACGAUGAUUAAGUCCAUCAAGCACCGAUUUGGGCGGAUUUAUUCCGGGUCAAUUUUUGGCAGAUUCCAAAGGGGUACCAUCACAGAUUUCGGGCGAUUUAUCCGAAAUGCCAUUUUCUUUCGAUUCUGGAGACUACAUAUCACUGAAUCAGGCCGAGGAUAUUCUCCACCGAUAAUGAAUUCUAUUGAUCCUAUUCUCCACGGAUGAUAAGCCUGUUAAGCAUCGAUUUGGGCCAAUUUAUUUUCGGAUGGCAUUUUCGUAAUUUCUUGGGCGACGAAAGGGCAUUUUCUUUUGAUAUUGAAGGCUACAGAUCACGGAUUCGUCCUGAGGCUAUUCUCCAACGAUGAUUGAGUCCAUUAAGCACCGAUUUGUGCGGAUUUAUUCCUGGUCAAUUUUUGGCAGAUUCCAAAGGGGUACCAUCACAGAUUUCGGGCGAUUUAUCCGAAAUGCCAUUUUCUUUCAAUUCUGGAGGCUACAUAUCACGGAAUCAGGCCGAGGCUAUUCUCCACCGAUAAUGAAGUCUAUUGAUCCUAUUCUCGACGGAUGAUAAGCCCGUUAAGCAUAGAUUUGGGCCAAUUUAUUUUCGGAUGGCAUUUUCGUAAUUUCUUGGGCGACGAAAGGCCAUUUUCUUUGGAUAUUGAAGGCUACAGAUCACGGAUUCGCCCUGAGGCUAUUCUCAAACGAUGAUUGAGUCCAUUAAGCACAAAUUUGGGCGGAUUUAUUCCAGGUCAAUUUUUGGCAGAUUCCAAAGGGGUACCAUCACAGAUUUCGGGCGAUUUAUUCGAAAUGCCAUUUUCUUUCGAUUCUGAAGGCUACAGAUCACGGAAUCAGGCCGAGGCUAUUCUCCACCGAUAAUGAAGUCUAUUGAUCCUAUUCUCCACGGAUGAUAAGCCCGUUAAGCAUCAAUUUGGGUCAAUUUAUUUUCAGAUGACAUUUUCGUAAUUUCUUGGGCGACGAAAGGCCAUUUUCUUUGGAUAUUGAAGGCUACAGAUCACGGAUGCGUCAUGUGCCUAUUCUUCAACGAUGAUUGAGUCCACUAAGCACCAAUUUGGGCGGAUUUAUUCCGAGUCAAUUUUUGGCAGAUUCCAAAGGGGUACCAUCACAGAUUUCGGGCGAUUUAUCUGAAAUGCCAUUUUCUUUCCAUUCUAGAGGCUACAGAUCAUUUAAUCAGGCCGAGGCUUUUCUCCACCGAUAAUGAAGUCUAUUGAUCCUAUUCUCCACGGAUGAUAAUCCUGUUAAGCAUCGAUUUGGGCCAAUUUAUUUUCGGAUGGCAUUUUCGUAAUUUCUUGGCCGACGAAAGGCCAUUUUCUUUGGAUAUUGAAGGCUACAGAUCACGGAUUCGGCCUGAGGCUAUUCUCCAACAAUGAUUCAGUCCAUUAAGCACCGAUUUGGGCGGAUUUAUUCCGGGUCAAUUUUUGGCAGAUUCCAAAGGGGGUACCAUCACAGAUUUCGGGCGAUUUAUUCGAAAUGUCAUUUUAUUUCGAUUUUGGAGGUUACAGAUCACGGAAUUAGGCCGAGGCUACUCUCCACCGAUAAUGAAAUCUAUUGAUCCUAUUCACCACGGAUGAUAAUCCUGUUAAGCAUCGAUUUGGGCCAAUUUAUUUUCGGAUGCCAUUUUAGUAAUUUCUUGGGCGACGAAAGGCCAUUUUCGUUGGAUAUUGAAGGCUACAGAUCACGAAUUCGGCCUGAGACUAUUCUCCAACGAUGAUUGAGUCCAGUAAGCACCGAUUUGGGCGGAAUUAUUCCGGGUCAAUUUUUGGCAGAUUCCAAAGCGGUACCAUUUUAGAUUUCGUGCGAUUUAUCCGAAAUGCCAUUUUCUUACGAUUCUGGAGGCUACAUAUCACGGAAUCAAGCCGAGGCUAUUCUCCACCGAUAAUGAAGUCUAUUGAUCCUAUUCUCCACGGAUGAUAAGCCUGUUAAGCAUCGAUUUGGGACAAUUUAUUUUCGGAUUGCAUAUUCGUAAUUUCUUAUGCGACGAAAGACCAUUUUCUUUGGAUCUUGAAGGCUACAGAUCACGGAGUCGGCCUGAGGCUAUUCUCCAACGAUGAUUGAGUCCAUUAAGCACCGAUUUGUUCGGAUAUAUUCCUGGUCAAUUUUUGGCAGAUUCCAAAGGGGAACCAUCACAGAUUUCGGGCGAUUUAUCCGAAAUGCCAUUUUCUUUCGGUUUUGGAGGUUACAGAUCACGGAAUUAGGCCGAGGCUACUCUCCACCGAUAAUGAAGUCUAUUGAUCCUA